AUGUGCUGCGCCCUCCCACGCACCUGCUCAGCCGUCGCCGCCGCUCGCCCUCCCACGCACCUGCUCAGCCGUCGCCGCCGCUCGCCCUCCCACGCACCUGCUCAGCCGUCGCCGCCGCUCGCCCUCCCACGCACCUGCUCAGCCGUCGCCGCCGCUCGCCCUCCCACGCACCUGCUCAGCCGUCGCCGCCGCUCGCCCUCCCACGCACCUGCUCAGCCGUCGCCGCCGCUCGCCCUCCCACGCACCUGCUCAGCCGUCGCCGCCGCUCGCCCUCCCACGCACCUGCUCAGCCGUCGCCGCCGCUCGCCCUCCCACGCACCUGCUCAGCCGUCGCCGCCGCUCGCCCUCCCACGCACCUGCUCAGCCGUCGCCGCCGCUCGCCCUCCCACGCACCUUUUCAGCCGUCGCCGCCGCACGCCCUCCCAAGCACCUGCUCAGCCGUCGCCGCCGCUCGCCCUCCCACGCGCCUGCUCAGCCGUCCCCGCCGCUCGCCCUCCCACGCGCCUGCUCAGCCAUCGCCGCCUCUCGCCCUCCCACACGCCUGCUCAGCCGUCGCCGCCGCUCGCCCUCCCACGCGCCUGCUCAGCCGUCGCCGCCGCUCGCCCUCCCACGCACCUGCUCAGCCGUCGCCGCCGCUCGCCCUCCCACGCACCUGCUCAGCCGUCGCCGCCGCUCGCCCUCCCACGCGCCUGCUCAGCCGUCGCCGCCGCUCGCCCUCCCACGCGCCUGCUCAGCCGUCGCAGCCGCUCGCCCUCCCACGCGCCUGCUCAGCCGUCGCCGCCGCUCGCCCUCCCACGCGCCUGCUCAGCCGUCGCCGCCGCUCGCCCUCCCACGCGCCUGCUCAGCCGUCGCCGCCGCUCGCCCUCCCACGCGCCUACUCAGCCGUCGCCGCCGCUCGCCCUCCCACGCGCCUGCUCAGCCGUCGCCGCCGCUCGCCCUCCCACGCACCUGCUCAGCCGUCGCCGCCGCUCGCCCUCCCACGCACCUGCUCAGCCGUCGCCGCCGCUCGCCCUCCCACGCACCUGCUCAGCCGUCGCCGCCGCUCGCCCUCCCACGCACCUGCUCAGCCGUCGCCGCCGCUCGCCCUCCCACGCGCCUGCUCAGCCGUCGCCGCCGCUCGCCCUCCCACGCGCCUGCUCAGCCGUCGCCGCCGCUCGCCCUCCCACGCGCCUGCUCAGCCGUCGCCGCCGCUCGCCCUCCCUCCCACGUGCCUGCUCAGCCGUCGCCGCCUCUCGCCCUCCCACGCGCCUGCUCAACCGUCGCCGCCGCUCGCCCUCCCACGCGCCUGCUCAGCUGUCGCCGCCGCUCGCCCUCCCACGCGCCUGCUCAGCUGUCGCCGCCGCUCGCCCUCCCACGCGCCUGCUCAGCCGUCGCCGCCGCUCGCCCUCCCACGCACCUGCUCAGCCGUCGCCGCCGCUCGCCCUCCCACGCGCCUGCUCAGCCGUCGCCGCCGCUCGCCCUCCCACGCGCCUGCUCAGCCGUCGCCGCCGCUCGCCCUCCCACGCGCCUGCUCAGCCGUCGCCGCCGCUCGCCCUCCCACGCGCCUGCUCAGCCGUCGCCGCCGCUCGCCCUCCCACGCGCCUGCUCAGCCGUCGCCGCCGCUCGCCCUCCCACGCACCUGCUCAGCCGUCGCCGCCGCUCGCCCUCCCACGCACCUGCUCAGCCGUCGCCGCCGCUCGCCCUCCCACGCGCCUGCUCAGCCGUCGCCGCCGCUCGCCCUCCCACGCGCCUGCUCAACCGUCGCCGCCGCUCGCCCUCCCACGCGCCUGCUCAGCUGUCGCCGCCGCUCGCCCUCCCACGCGCCUGCUCAGCCGUCGCCGCCGCUCGCCCUCCCACGCACCUGCUCAGCCGUCGCCGCCGCUCGCCCUCCCACGCACCUGCUCAGCCGUCGCCGCCGCUCGCCCUCCCACGCGCCUGCUCAGCCGUCGCCGCCGCUCGCCCUCCCACGCGCCUGCUCAGCCGUCGCCGCCGCUCGCCCUCCCACGCGCCUGCUCAGCCGUCGCCGCCGCUCGCCCUCCCACGCACCUGCUCAGCCGUCGCCGGCGCUCGCCCUCCCACGCACCUGCUCAGCCGCCGCCGCCGCUCGCCCGCCGUCACAGAGUUCUGCUCACGCCGCCUUUGUUCCCAGCGCCCCUGCCCUGUGGCGCGUGGUUAGGGGAUUCCUAG